AUGUACAUGAGGAUUACUCCAACAGAGAACGGAGCAGAGUCUGAAGUCUGGAAAUUGGAUGUUGAUAAGGCCAUGGAGAGGAAGUGCUCCGUUCUUACUGCAGGUUUUCAUAGAAACGUGUUGAUCUUUUUGACACACGCACCGGAGCGUCAGCUUCAACCGGACCAUCACUACCUCUCACAUCUAAAGGACCAACAUGGAGCGAGAAGUCAGCGCUCUCAGGAGGCCGACAAACCUCACAGAAGAAAGAGAGAGAAAACAUACACCUGUGACAAGUGUGGGAAGGGUUUUACUGGGAAGGCUAAACUAAAACGUCAUCAGGUCAUCCACACUGGAGAGAGACCGUUCAGCUGUGACUUGUGUGGAAAGACUUUUUCCUGGAAGGAUGCUCUAAAAAAACACCAACUCAUCCACAGUGGAGUUAAAGCGUACAGCUGUGAUCAGUGUGGCAGAGCUUUUACUCACAGUAGCCACUUACAGAGUCAUCUAGUUACCCACUCUGGAAUUAAGGCAUACAGCUGUGACAUCUGUGGAAAAACUUUCAGCCAAAUAAGGCACCGAAAUACACACCUACGCAUUCACACCAGACAUGAUGUGUACUGCUGUGAACAGUGUGGCAAAGAGUUUACAACAAACACGCAGUUACAACAACACAUGUUUACCCACACCGAGGGACGACCUUAUAAAUGUGACCUGUGUGAGAAGACUUUUAAAGCUCCACAUAACCUGAGAGGACACCAACAGAUCCACACCAGAAAGAGACUCUACAAGUGCAGUUACUGUGAGAAGCAGAGCGACACAGAUGGAUCCAGUUCUCAACCCUGUCAUCACUGUGGAGGUGGGAAAGACUUUCGUUGUGACCUCUGUGGAAAAACUUUCAGUCGAAAAGACACCCUAAAAUUACAUCAACAUAGACACACUGGAGACAAACUGAAAUACUGCAAAGAAUGUGGGAGAAGCUUCACCACAUCAAGUGACUUAAAACAACAUGAACUGAUUCACAGUGGGGUUAAAAAGCACCUCUGUGAUCAGUGUGGGUCAUCCUUCAACACUGCAGGUCAGCUUAAAUCAUACAAACGAAGAGGGACGCACCUAACUGCUACGCAGGUGCGCAUGUGCGACAACAAUUACAAAUACGUAGCGACACUUAUGUUACCAAGCGCCUUUGCGUACUUGAUCAUCUCAUUCAACCUGACACGUGUUUCUGCAGCUGCUUUGGUGUUUCGCCACCACCUAAGAAACACCAACCGGAGCCAGAGCUGA